AUGGGCCUUGGCCCAAAUAUUCUGAUCCUGGAUGUUUGCUCAUCUCGGCGAUUGCUUGAGUUUCACGUUGUUUUUGGUUUCGAUUUUGAGAUGAGAGGUUCCUCGGAUUCAACAAGUUCAUUGGCUCCCAUUGACUCUGCCAAUAUUGGAUUUCAGCUCCUGAAGAAGCACGGUUGGAAGGAAGGUACUGGUUUGGGAAUCGCCAAACAGGGGAUACAAGUGCCUGUAAAAACGCAGGAGAAACAUAACAGACUUGGACUGGGAGCAGAGGAACCAAAGAUACAAAGGAGAAAGAAAACGGAAAUGGCUCAGGCUACAAUCUCUCAAAACAGUGAACGAGUAAGCGAUGGAGCAAGCAGUUCAUGGGCAGCCAUCAAAUCUUCCAACAUUGGGUUUCAGCUACUAAAGAAGCAAGGCUGGAAGGAAGGCACUGGUCUUGGAAUCGCUGAACAGGGUAUACUAGUGCCUGUACAAACAGAGCCGAAAAACAACAAACGAGGACUCGGAGCUGAAGACACAAUAAAGAGAAAAGCGGCUAAGCCUCAGGCUACAUAUUCUGGAAACAUCAAAAAGGACGAAAAAGUGCCUAAUAAAACCAAGAAACUAACUAAGAAGAUGCGGAAGAUGAUGGAGCACGAAAAACAUUUACAGGAAAAGGAAUUUGAUAGAGCCUUCUUUAGGGAGUUUUGGCCUGAUAAUGUAUAA